AUGCGAGUGCUCUUACGAAUCCCUUUGGGACUCCCCAGACUUCACCCAAAAAUUCGCCUGAUGUCUACAUCCAGCAAGAUCGAUGUCCAGGGGACUUCCUUCAACAUUGCACUGAUUCAACUGGGUGGCAUCGGAGCAGACAAACCGGCCAACUUGUCGAAGGCCCGGACGAAGAUCGCCGAAGCCGUGCGCGGGAACGAGCAGGGACUAAAGCCCCAAGUAGUCGUCCUGCCGGAAAUCUUCAACAGCCCCUAUGGAUCAAGCUACUUUGACAAGUAUGCCGAGGUGAUCGGAUGGCAUGAAUCGAAGGGCUCAGAUUGGAGGGUCGACCAGUGUGCCAGUCCAAGUAUCAAGAUGCUCAGUUCAGCCGCCAAGGAGGAGCAAGUUUGGUUGUUUGGUGGAUCGAUCCCCGAGAGAAGUCCAGAUGAUCCAACGAUCCUUUACAACUCAGCACCUGUUUUUCAACCCGAUGGAAAAUUGGUCGCCUUGCAUCGCAAGUUACAUUUAUUUGAUAUUGAUAUCCCAAAUAAAAUCACUUUCAAAGAGAGCGAGACCUUAUCAGCCGGUCGAGACCCUGUCACGAUAGUCGAAACUCCUUUUGGGAAAAUUGGACUCGGGAUCUGCUACGAUAUUCGAUUCCCUGAAAUGGCGAUGAUUGCCGCGCGCAGAGGUUGCAUCGCUAUGAUCUAUCCUGGCGCCUUUAAUCUCACCACGGGUCCCUUACACUGGGAGUUGCUCCAAAGGGCACGGGCUGUUGAUAAUCUGAUUUAUGUAUCAGCAUGUUCACCAGCGCGUAAUCCAUCGAGUGACUAUCAAGCUUGGGGACAUUCAAGCAUCAUUGAUCCAAUGGGACGCGUGAUGGCCACAAGCGAUGAAACAGAGGCCGUCAUACAUGGUCGGAUCGAUAUCGAUGAGCUUCUCAUAGCACGAAAAGGUUUGCCCAUCACCACCCAGCGACGCUUCGACGCAUACCCAGAUGUUUCCGUGCCCUUGUAA